CUCUUGAUGUAGUAGAUAAAUGCAACAACUCAAACAAGCAUCAUUCUAAACCCCCAGUAGAAACAACAGCUCUGUCUCUGUCUCUGGCUCUGGUCCUUUAGAGGUUUUCCCAGGUAUUAAAAUGGGCUGCGAAAAUCAGCAUCCAAAGUUGCAAACACCCUCUUCUGCACAAAAUUUAUUUUCCAUCAGGCACCAAAACCUAUGCCUUUUGACUCUCACCCGUCAUUGACUAUCCUCAUUUUCAGAACUCACACUCCAAGAUUCAGGUGGGUUGGGGGUGGGGAAAGUUAUCAGUUUCCUUUACUUCCUAGGGUUUUGAGCUGGAAGCUUCCAUGCAUGAUCUGGGUCUUGUGCGUGAAGCAGAUGGGUCGUCUGAGAAAAGAGUUUGCUUGCUUCUCAAUCCUUCUCCUGCUUCUUCUUCUUCUUCUGCUACAAACGUCGUCAUCUGCUGAUGGGUCUGCUAGAUAUGGAGCCAUCAAAACUGGGUCUGUUAAAUCCAACGGUAGCUUUGGAGGAGGGGAUCAUAAAGAUGAAGAUGGUCAUCAUGAUCAAGCUGUUUUUGGCGAUGACAAGAGGAAAGUCUAUACUGGCCCAAAUCCUUUACAUAAUAGAUAAGUAGAUUAUUAUUAUUUUUUUCCUUUUUUUUUUUUUGUUUCAAAAUUUUUGAUUAUUUUGAUUUGAGAAUAUUUUGUGGUUGACGUUUCUCCUUUAUUGUUCAUAGGAAUGUAAGCAAUGUCAUAAUUGCGGAUACAAGUUUUGAUUUUAGAGUUCUGCAGUAUAAAUCUGGUUUAUGUGAAAGCUAGAUAGACAAAAAACAAAAAAAAAAACAAAAAACAACAAUAUGUGAAAAAGU